UCCACGUCAGAAAAAGAAAAGAUGCGCAUUACUGUUGGAGUCGAGCAGACUGGCCCGGACCAUGAUGAUCCUUCUCCCAAGGCGGAGGAGCUUGUCGAAGAGGUUCCUGAAAUGGAGGAUUCGCCGAGUUUGAUUGAAACAAUUGGGUACUUGCUUUCUAUUCAAGAUGGUUAUGGGCCGCCAGACUCAACAUGGGAUGUGGAUGAUUUUGAUUGAGAUGUUACCUUUCGGGUCAUGGUG